UUUUUUUUAAAACAGACGAUCUCCGUCAAACAGAACAAGAUGAAAAAGUGAAAAUUUUCACGUAACAUGGGUGAAAACUCGUUUUCUGUAUCGAAUUCUAUCGAUUAUUGGAUAACUCUUCUAUCAUCGUCUGAAAGUUUACCCGGAGACAUGGAAUAGUUUGUUUACUGUUUAUUUGUUUACCUGGUGGAUGUCGCGCACUGUGUGCUGGGAGUGUGAAUUUUCCUAGAUUUAUGCGGAUUAAAAUGAUGAGUUAUGACUGAAAUUUACAUGCGAGAGGUGAACCAUGGGUUUCAACCUGCACAGGAAUACUCUAACUUUGAGGAUCAAAGUUUUGUGACAGCCAGUAUGUCUUUGGCUCCUUAUACUACUGCUUACAGCUCUGCGAGUAGUACACCCUCUCAAAAUGCAUCUUCCUACAGUAUUACUAGUCAGGCAAACCUUCAAAAUCCUAACCCAUAUACAGACCUCAAUGUCAACAAUAGGGCUCAGCACCAACAGCUGGGUCAUGUCCAGCUCAAUGAGGUGAAUCGAAAUGGAAUGCAGAACUCCCAUUUGUGCUCCCCAUCUCGAGACCGUCCUUCAGAGAAUGUCAUUGACAGUCAUCCAGUUGACCUGUCUAGUCCUAAGCCAUCCAAUAGAUAUGGACCAAUGGGAUACAUGAAUGUUGCGAGAGAUAACAGUACUGGUGCUUUUCCUAAUUUCAACAAUCGCUCAGGAUUUGAAAAUGGCAUGGAUUCUAUGCGUCCUGAGUAUAAUCAGAAAUUAAAUGGGGAACAGAACCAGCAACAGCCUCACCACCCUCUUGUGCCUCAUGGUGCUCUAAGCCUUCCAUUGUUGUCACAAGGUCGAGGUCAUGCACCUCCAAGUCCAAUGCCAACACCUUCACCACCCGUGGAUGACCGCCAUAGAAGCAAAAGAAAAGACCAAAGGCUCACUAGGGAAUGUAUGAAAAAAUAUCUGAGAGAAAGGGGGGAUAUGGUGCUCGUUAUACUGCAUGCUAAAGUUGCUCAAAAAUCAUAUGGCAAUGAAAAAAGGUUUUUUUGCCCUCCACCAUGCAUCUAUUUACUCGGAGAUGGUUGGAGAAAAAAACAGGAGCAAAUGGUUCGAGAUGGUGAAAGUGAGCAAGGCUCUCAAUUAUGUGCUUUCAUUGGGAUUGGAAAUUCUGAUCAAGAAAUGCAACAGUUAGAUUUCAAUGGCAAAGCAAGUACUCAAUAUAGCUAUUGUGCAGCCAAAACUUUGUACAUAAGUGAUUCUGAUAAAAGAAAACAUUUCAUGCUUUCUGUAAAAAUGUUUUAUGGCAAUGGCGAAGAUAUUGGUGUAUUUCAUAGUAAAAGAAUCAAAGUUAUUUCCAAACCUUCAAAGAAAAAACAAUCUAUAAAGAAUGCUGAUUUAUGCAUAGCUUCAGGAUCUAGAGUAGCUUUGUUUAACAGGCUUCGUUCCCAGACAGUCAGUACUCGAUAUCUUCAUGUUGAGAACGGUAACUUCCAUGCCAGCUCUACUCAAUGGGGUGCUUUCACCAUUCAUCUCUUGGAUGAUACUGAAUCAGAGUCUGAGGAAUUUACUGUUCGUGAUGGUUACAUUCAUUAUGGUUCUACUGUUAAGUUAGUCUGUUCAGUUACAGGAAUGGCAUUACCUAGACUGAUAAUAAGGAAAGUUGACAAACAGACAGCUCUUCUAGAUGCUGAUGAUCCAGUUUCACAACUUCAUAAAUGUGCUUUUUACAUGAAGGACACUGAAAGAAUGUACCUUUGUUUAUCUCAGGAAAGAAUCAUACAGUUUCAGGCUACUCCAUGUCCUAAAGAGCCUAACAAGGAGAUGAUAAACGAUGGGGCUUCUUGGACAAUCAUUAGCACUGAUAAAGCAGAAUAUACUUUUUAUGAAGGAAUGGGCCCUGUUCGCUCUACUGUUACUCCUGUUCCUGUUGUACAUAGUCUUCAAGUAAAUGGAGGGGGAGAUGUAGCUAUGCUAGAGUUAACAGGUGAAAAUUUCACUCCUACACUUAAAGUAUGGUUUGGUGAAGUAGAAGCUGAAACUAUGUACAGAUGUCAAGAGAAUAUGCUGUGUGUAGUUCCUGAUAUUUCUGCCUUCCGAGAGGGGUGGCAGUGGGUGAGGCAGCCGACUCAAGUGCCAGUGUCAUUGGUCCGCAAUGACGGUAUUAUUUACUCUACUGGGCUGACCUUCACUUACACUCCUGAACCUGGUCCCCGUACUCACUGUCCUGCAGUAGAGGAAAUCCUGAGGCCACCAGAGAUGCGCAGGGACGACCCGAGGCAUCCCUCUCAUAUGUAUUCUAAUGCCGAUCACCCCAUGCAAUAAAUCAAAGUGUCAAAACUGAAUCUUAAAAUUCUCAUUCUUCAAUAUAUGAACAAGUUUUUUCAACCUUUUAACUAUUUCCCAUUUGAUUUCUAGAGACUUUUUGGAUAUUGUUGUGGACAAAAAUGUGUCUUCUGAACCCUUUGCAUACAGUGUCCUCAUUUUAAAGAUGUGUUUAUAUCAUGAUUCACUUUUCUUAUGUUAAUUCAUUAUGUUUUAACUUUUUUUUGUAGUUGAUUAUACUGUUUUUAAUUUCAUUUAGUUAAAAUUGUUGUCUGGUGCAAAAUUAUUUAAAUUUUGUUUAUGUCAAAUUUUUUUUAUUUGCGAAGUAUUUACACUUAAUGAUCCAUUAAAUAAAAAAAAAGGGAAAUUUAAUUUGAUUUUAUGUCAUAAAUGCAAAGAAAAAAAAACAGAUCAGUAUAGUAACAGUUGUUAAAGAUUAACUAAAACUCAUUUUAUUUUAAUUAAAAGUAUUUUGUCGAAAUUAAUUUUCCUGUAAUGGAACCCUAUUAAGAAAAAGACUAAAGGAAUCCAAACGUAAGAUUUUUAAUUGGAUUCACAAUUUUUUUUAUCAUCUUUUUUUUCUUUUCCUAAUUCCCUUAUUAUCAUUUUUUAAUUUUGGGUUUCAUUUUUAGGGUAACCAGAUCAAAAUUACAAUAUGGACAAAAUUUUAUGGUAUUAAUAAAGAUUGUGUUCAGGCGGUGGCUUAUGAGAGGUUAUAACAUUGCUUAUUAAAAAAAUUUAUUAAGUUUGUAAUUUUAAAUGAGAUUUCUAGACUCAGUUUUGCUAUCUAAGUAUUUCAGAUAUAAUUAAUAUUUUACAUUUUAUAUAGCUGUUACUUAAAUUUCAUUUUUCCAAGACAAUUAGAAUAUUUAUCAAAUGCUAUAUAUUCUGACUAGUUAAUCUACUAAUGAUAUGUCAAUCCUCUUGUUAAAAAUUUAAAUGACUUGCUGUAAAUUAUUAUUAUUCAGUAUUGAAUUUCAUUAAUUCCAUAAAAUAAAAAUACUGUUUAAUGUUGCAUGCAAAAUAGUCUUCUUAGUUCUUUUUUGAAUACAUUAUUUUUAUUUAAAAUGUUUUUUCUCUGUUACAAUCUCAUGCCCGAAAAUCAUUUAUGUUAAAAUAAGCACAAAUUAGUUCUCAUGAAUCUAAUUUUUUCCCAGUGCUUUUUUUUCUUUGAGAAAUUAUAAAGUAUUUUGUUGUAGAGAAUACUCAUAAAAUAAAUCUUAGUUAGUCUAUAGAAAAUUUGCCUUUAUAACUGUAUAAUUUAGUUUUGUUCAAAUAAAUUUAUAAUUUAACUGUGCAAUAUUGCAUUCAUUUAGUUAACAUUACAAUAUUUUUAAUUGGGUUCAUGGAAAUUUUCCAAAUAUGAUUAUAAUAUAAUCCAAUUAUGAUUAAUUGCUAUCGUUAUUUCUUUUUAAACGGUAACCUCUCUUCUUUUCGAUUGUGCAAAUAAAAUGGAAAUAAUAAAUAAUGCGUUAAAACAUUUUUAAUUCAAAAAUAGGCUUACAUUUUUUUCAUAAUUCAUUUGUUAAUAUAAAGAUAUAUAUUUGUAAAAUUGCAUAAAAUUUGUAACAUAACUAUAUUAAAGGAAUAACUACUUUCAUUAGAGUCUUACUAGUUAAAACAAGUUAGACAAGAAAUUAUAAUCUGUCAUUUUUUUAAAAUUCUAUAAAAUAGACAUUUAUUACUAAUAAUUACAAACCUUUUAAGUAUACGUGAGUAAAAGUUUAAGUAUAAAAGUUUCAAUAAUAUUUCCUAUAAUUUAUUUAUCUAUACAGUGAUCUAAUUUGAAUAGAUUAUUAGGUAUAAAAUAACUAU